CGUCGGGUUCUUACUGCUCCACACUUCAUAGGAUUUCUAACAAUCAAGAAGAAGAAAUAAUUGAGUGUUUACAAGUUUAAUUGCGCAAAGAAAAACUUUCCGGACUAUUGCUAGGACUAACGAAACAAUAGAAACUGCUACUUAAUCUGACUUCAUUUCGAAUUAAUCUUAUACGAAAAAAGAGUCAGAAUGGAGUCAUAUUUAUUUCUAGGACUGCUGUUACUGGGUGUCGCUGAGCCCAUGAGCUUACCAGAGACCCGAAUUUUCGAGGGGGAACUGACGCAGCUUCUCAUCCAGUUCUUGUCGCCUCUUGAUCCCGCAACCUUGCAGGAGGCGCAGCUCGCAAUGAGCAAUGAAAAAUUAAUUGACGUUCAGUUGGUGUUGUAUGAAGGACAAUGCAGAGGCUUCAGCGCCGUACAGGUCACUCUAUUCGAGCCACCGCUGCCAUUCAUUUCGAACAAGUUGAAGCUGUCGAUCGGUAUGAGCUCAGUUGUGAUCACAGCCAAGCGUUAUAACAUGACAGGUUCCUUCUUCGGCAGUCCGGUGCAAGGCUCUGGAGCUGCCAAUUUGACGUUCGCGGAUUUGGUGCUGGACGUGACGUUUGAGACAGAAGAGUUCUCGUCUGAUCCUCUGAGAGUGUGUCUGCGUUACAACUCCUUCAACAUCAACCUCUCCGCCUCCAGCAUCACGGGGAACUUUGAAGGAAUGGAACAAGUAAAUAGCAACAUGGACAAGGCAGGCCCGUUCAUCCUGGAAGAAUUACAAAAGAACAUCAACAAAAAGGGGCCAGAAAUAGAAGAUGCCAUCAACAACCAGUUGUGCUCAACCUGAAGAUCCUCUACCAUCGCUAUUUCAAAUAAAUUAUAAAUCUUAUCGCUUGUUGUUAGAAUUGUGCAAAAA